AUGGCGGCGUCCUUGUGCAUGCUCGGGGGUCUGCUCGGCAGGACCGUCACUCGCGGCUUAGCUGCCAGGCCCCAGGUAAAACAUCACACGGAGACCUGGGAAGGCGAUACCGGGUCAGCCAAAGGCACGAUAAGCCUGGUCUCCCAAUAUCAUUGUGUGCUGGGCAGGGGGCUGCCAUAUAGCCGGUGUCUAGCUGCCCAUAUGGGAAGCACUGCCGCCUGUCUGCACGAGUGUUCCUGGCUUUUGGAUAAAGUUCAGAUUGUGACACGUGCUUUCUAUUCUAUAAUGCUGUUAAGGGCUCAGUGAUGUGACAGUGUAAUUGUAAUAUACUAACUGAGCGACUGUGUAAUGGUUUACAUCACAGCAAUGAAGUAAAUAUGACAAGUCAAUAUUAGAGAAAUUAGGCAUUUUUACAUCAGUUUCGCGAUGCCACCUCUAAUGUAUUUCAACAAGUUUCAACAUGUUAUUGACAAUUUCUAAAUAAGUCACCAAGACUUUUUCUUAAUAAAAGUAAUUUUGGCUCAGCAAAUGUGGCUUGUUUUGUAUUCAAUUAAUAUACCUCCUAUAGAAUUGAGGGAUGUCGAAUACCGACACUUGGUGACACUUUUCGUAAUCAGUUUGGAACAGGCUGGAUUGACUGUUUAACUACAGAGUGGAGUACUUUGUAGUUUUUGUAUUAUCCAUGCAAUAGAGAAGCUGCUACUCUCUGGGCACUGGGAAGAUCUCUGUUUGGGGCAGGGAUGUAGUGUUUGGCAUUCAAAUGCCAACACUAUACUCGCCUGCACUCAAUCGCCAACACUUCACCCAAAUACACACUUGCAUUCACACAUAUCCCCUACAAAAACACACCUACAUUCAAGCACAUGGACAAUGCACACAAAUACAACCAUGCAAUGAGAAAAUGGUAGAUCCUCAGCUGGCAAGUUUUAUUUCAAUCUUUUGGUCAUCAGUGUUCUAGUAUAAGGGGUUAAAAAAAACUGUCUUGCACCAGGGCCCUCUCUUCAUUAAUUGACUGACUGCACAAAUGUAAAAAUCAUAGGAUUAAAUGUUUUCCUUUUUUUCUUUUAAAUAUAACUUUGCAAUAUCACCCAUAAAGAGUGUCCUUUUUGAUACUUCUUGGUGCUAGUUAUGUUCUCAGCAACUAAGUCUGUUUGAAAAUGUUGUAUAUCCUUGCUAUAAGACUUUGGGGGAGAUUUAUCAAAGUGUUCUUUUCUAAAAAGCAGUGUAAAGGCAUAGUGGCACCAAUGCAAUGCUCUUGGUAGUUAUGCGUGUUUCCAUGGUGAUUGCAACACUUUUAUUACACUUUGAAAACUUUCUUACAUUGAUUGUUUACCAGCACCGUACAUCUAAAUGUUUUUUAAAGUUUUUCUUCACUGACAUAUCUUCUAACACACUCUUUCUGUGCAGCUGGGACUAUUUGGAUCAAACAGAUGUAGAUCCACACAAGUUGCAGCACAAGCAGUUUUAAACGUGCCAGAGACAAAAGUAACCACACUGGAAAACGGACUCCGUGUCACCUCAGAGGACUCAGGACUUUCAACAUGUACAGUAAGAAAAACUCUUAAAGUUGUGCUUCUAAGGUUUUUAAGGCAUACUCUAAGCACCAAAACAACUUUAGCUUAAUGAAACAGAUUUGGUCUAUAUAUUGUAUGCCUGCAGUCUCACUGCUCAAUUCUGUUUAGAUGUGAAGCCCUAGCUACACCACCCACAUAGCCUCCGUGAAAAAAAAGUUUCCUUUUUACAGCACAGUGAGUUUACUUCACAAGUUCUUAUCUCCUGGGGCGUAAGUCACACAUUGGAGGCUGCCGUAGGCUCUAGAGUGAGUUAAUGCAGCAGGAGCCUGUAAACUAAACACACUGUGCAAUAAGGGGAGAAUAAUUUUUGUAAGUGUGUGGUUAGGGAUACAUAAACUAAAAUAAUUUAUUUUUAUAGGCAAAAUUAAACAAGCACUACAAACACCAUAUGAUGCCAGGAGAGCCAUGCCUCCAUCCCAUUUUAAGAUUCCAAUCCAUUCUGGCAUGGUUUGACAAAUUACCUGGGUCUCCUUGGGUGUACAAGGCUGCAUUCCCUUUUGGUUUUCUCCAAUAGGAAAAGCCAGGUGUCUCUGUUAAAUAAAGCAUUUAUUUGCAAGGCCAAACUCAUUGACUGAGAGCACUCCGCUUACACACUCAUCCAAUGAGAGUUGCCCUGUUUUGCUCUAUUGAGCAAUCUGGAUUUCCUGUUGGAGAAGGCAAGGAUUCUGAAGAUGCAACUGUGGAUGCUUGUUGGGACUAAGGUAAAUUAUCAAACUGUACUGAAAUGCGUUGACAUGACAUAUCCAUAGGCGUGCGCACGGGGUGUACCUAGUCCCUAAUUCCCGUGGCCCGCGCUAUGUGCCGGAGAUCAAAGAUCUCCCUCACCGACCCACAUGCAGGGAGGGAGGCAGGAGAGGACCCGGGGAGCUCUAGCCAGCAGCUCCGCCGGGUUCCUCUUGCGCGGUAACCGCGGCAACGCUAAGAUCUCGCGAGAGUGAACUCUAUCCCCGCAGGAUACGGGGCUAGAGUUCACUCACCACAGGACCACCAGGGAUGGCAGCAGCACAGUCCCCCCUCCCUACAUAAGGUAAGAAGGGAGGGGGGAUAUUAACUAAACGGCCCCCCCACCCCCACACAAUACACACAAACAUACAGCACUCACACUAAUAGCACCCUUACACACACAGCACCAUUACACACACAGCACCCUCACACACUAACAACACCCUUACACAUACACACACUAACAUCACACACAGCACCCUUACACACACAUACAGCACCCUUACACACACACACACACACUAACAGCAUCCUCACACUAACAUAUCACCAUUAAAUAGUGCUAGAGCACUCCUGCCACCAUAAAUAUAGGUAUAUUUAGGCCAUUGUAUAAGUGCAUUGAUGUUUGUUGUUUUUUUUAAAUUUAUUUUAUUAUUUGAUAGGUUGGCUUGUGGAUUGAUGCAGGAAGCAGAUAUGAGAAUCAACUUAAUAAUGGAACUGCACAUUUUCUGGAGCACAUGGCAUUUAAGGUAUGCAGCUAGCACAUACAUAGAAAUGCACAGCCUUGACAAGAUAAUGCCAAGGUUAAUAUCAGAUUGACGCCGGCUUGACUGUCAGCAUUCAUUUGGAGUCUUUACAUCACCAAACUUGUGGGACAAAAACAAAAUUCCCUCUGAUCAUGAAAAAAAGGACACUUAUUUUGGAUGUUGCUGUAAUAAGUUUUAAAAAUAUUUGCCAUACCUUGACUCAUGACAGUUGUUGGCAGUUCUAGAAUGAUAUGUAAAUACAAACUGAUUUUGUGAAUCCAUUGUAAUUUGUGCUUUAGAAUAUAAAGUCUGAGAAGUUUAGGUUCAGCAACUUGUUAACCUUGAAGAUUGUGGAUAGGGACGUAUUGAGGAAAUAUGGAACCACUUUUAUUUUUCUUCUUAAACUUUAUAUUGGUGAACUGUGAUCUUACAAGAUGCUCUAUAAAUAGGUUUGACUGACUUGAUAGAUGGUAGACAUGCAUGGUAUUCAUGUUAGGUACACUCACUGGAUCAGCCAGCAGAUACUUGAAACUAAUUAAUAGACUUUAAAAAAAACAAAAACAAAAAAAAAAUUAUAAAUAGAAAAAUAUCCAUUAGUUUUCAUACUUAAAAGAUCACUUUAAACACUGUUACAGAUUUGCAUAAAUCUGUAUAGAGUACCCCGAGCUUAAUCUCAGCUCUGAGAGUGCUUCAGAAAUGUAGAACUUUUAAUAAGUUCUAAGCUUCUGCUAGGAGCAUCCAUUAUUUCUACACAGAUCAUCCUUGCAGUGCAGAACCAACUCAUUGUCUGAGAGCAUCAAGUGGUCACUCUCAGCCAGUGGGCUAAGCCUUACACCACCCAACCUACUUCAGCGAAGAGGCCACUCUGUUGAUUUUUGCUGUGUUUAAAAGUUUAGUAACUUGUAGUCUGCUUUAAACGUUUUAGGCAAACAUAAUUUGUGGAAGCAAUUAUUUCUAAAUCAAAAAAACAAAAACAUUUUAUGAUUGCCCACACAAUGCAUACCAAUGUAUGCAUUUGCUUCAGGUGCAUUGCACUGUAACCUUGACAAAGACCGCAAGGUCGAAACGUUGUUACUUUGGGCUUCAAUAAAAUUGCCAUUUCUGUAUCUUGGAGUGCCUGAACUAUUUUUUGUAUUUCAUGCUAUUGCACUGUAACCUUGACUGCAGACCAGGUGGUAAGGAGCAUCUUGCUGAUGGUUUUUAAAGACCUCCCCAUUGGAUAAUUGUUAUAUUACAGGGCUGUUCUUGCAUGCAGGAAAUAUUAAAUGCAUAAUGAUGUAAUUGUUAUUCUUAACAUUUGACAAUCUCUUUUGAUAGGGAACAAGAAAGCGUUCCCAGCUGGACCUAGAACUUGAGAUUGAAAAUAUGGGUGCCCAUCUAAAUGCAUACACGUCAAGAGAGCAAACUGUAUACUAUGCAAAGGCUUUCUCCAAAGACCUUCCCAGAGGUAUGACAUGCCUUUCCAAAUUUAAAACACAACUGUGACUUCCCAGGAUUUUUACUAUUCUGUUUACCUAUUCCUUAUAUUUAGCAGCAGUGCUUUUUGAGGUCUGAAAAAUAAAAUGAAAUGUUGAAAUCCACACUUCUCUUCUGAUAUUGGGCUCCCCCAACUUAGGUCCCUGUCUAUCAUCGUCCUAAAUGUAAUGAAAAAGGAGAAACGGAAAUAGAAUGUCUGUUCUUCUACUCCUCUGCAUUGUGUACCUUGACUAUGCCUGCACUGAACUGGAUUGCGAUAUUUCUUGCCGAAAUGAUUUAUUUUUAUAUAUAUAUAUAUAUAUAUGUGUGUGUGUGUGUAUCAAAAGAACAUAUAACAAAAAUGGAUCAAGCUUGGCAGGUAUGUCAAGUCAAUGUACAGAAUCAGAACUAAUAUAAUAAACGAGGAAUGCAGAGCUGUAUCAGGCUGUAUAAACUGUCAUUUUACUUGAUAAUAGAUACCACUGGGCAUGAAAAUAUACAUAGAAGAGCAGGUAGCCUACAUCUCUAUAUAGAGGGAGCAGCAUCUUGUUAUUGAUAAGCUCAGCCUACAACAAUUAAAAAAAUGUACAGUGACCUGAUAAGAGUGGUCGCAGGAGCCUUGCCCAACUGUAACAUACCUACCUCGAGCCGAGCCAAAUAUGCUUACAAAAGGGAUCCUUUUUGGACCCUGAGCGUCCCCUUUGUGAAAGGUACUGUCUGCACUUGGUUCUAAGCUUCUUGCCGCUUGGAUUUCGCAGUUUUUGCAAGUUUAAGUGCUUAUUCUGGCAAGAGCUCCUAGAAAACAUCUCUGGCCAGCUUGAAAACAUCCAAUUUUAAACCCCCUUCUUCCAGCACAGCACGGGUCAGUCGCGGCUGGCUCUGCUCCCUUGGAGAUCAAUCUUUUUUUCUUGCUCGUUACUACUGCUUCACACACAUGAAAUUCAAGAACUAACUGUUAUUAUUAUUAUUAUUACUGGUAUUUACAUAGAGCCAGCAUCUUCCGUAGCACUUUACAAUAUUAUCAAAGGGGAAGAUUUAACAAUAAAUGAGACCAUUACAAAAACUUACAGGAACAAUAGGUUGCAGAGGGCCCUGCUCAAACGAGCUUACAGUCUAUAGGAGGUGGGGCGUAAAACCCAACAGGACAGGAGGUAGCAAUCAAACAAGGUGGAGUGAAGCAGAGCUGGAGGAGAGAGAGUGCUGCCCUUUGGGAGAGAGCCUAGGGACAGGUACAUGAGGUAGAGGGUACUCUGGAAGGCCAUAAGCUUUCCUAAAGAGAUGGAAGAAAGGAAAGCAGUGACACGUUGCAGGACGGCAAGGGAGAGAUCCGGGGAGGAGGUAUAUCUGAGUUUGAUCAGAGUACAGUUGGUAUUUGAAUCCAAAUGAGGUAAUAAGUUUUCCAGGAGAGGCAGUAUAAAGAGAAAAUGGAAAGGGACCAAGUACAGAGCCUUUGGGGGACCCCAACAGAGACAGGACAAAGGGAGGAGGUAUCAUUAGAAAAGGAGACACUGAAUGUGUUGGGAGAGAUAGGUGGGAAAACCAAGAAAGGACAGUGUCACAGAGAGUUUGGAGAAGGACAACAUGGUCAAAAGUGUCAAAGGCAGCAGAGAGGUCAAGAACAAUUUGUAUGGAGUAAUGCUCUUUGGAUUUAGCUGCAAUUAGGUCGUUAGUAACCUUGAUAAGAGCAGUCUUAGUAGAGUGGAGGGGGCGGAAGCCAGACUGUAGAGGGUCAAGGAGAGAGUUGGAAUUGAGGAAACAAUUCAGACUGGUAAAGACCAGUCUUUCCAGAAGCUUUGAGGAAAAGGGCAGCAGGGAUAUGGGAGUAUAGUUAGAAGGGGAGGAUGGGUCAAGAGAUGUGUUUUUUUUUUUUGUUUGUUUGUUUUUUAAGAUGGGUACUACAGUAGCAUAUUUAAGGGCAGCAGGAACAACGCCAGAAGAGAGAGAGUCAGUGAAGAUGUGUGUUAAGGAAGGCACAAGACAAGAGGAGAGAGAUCUGAUUAAGUUGAGAUGGGACCGGAUCAAGCGGGCAAGUGGUGGGGCGAGAGGGAAGGAGAAGCACAGCCACCGAGAAAGUCUGAAGGGUAGGAAAGGCAUGAUCCAGGUGUGGUUGAAAAAUAGAGGGGCAUGGUGGGGAGAAUUCUUUCCUUAGCUGUUGAAUCUUGUUACAAUGGUAUCUGUUCACGUGACAGAUACCAUUGUAACAAUAAAAUCAAUGUUAUGCACUUCACCUCUCAGUGGAUUUAAUGUUGUGGCUGAUCAGUGUAAAGCACGUUUGGCGGGGAUCCUUUUUGAUUUUCAUUUGAACCUUGCUAGACCUCCCUAGCUGACAGACAGAUGCUCCUUUGCCUUCAUAAUAGUUUGCAUCAAAACUCAAGAGACAGGUAAUAGUCCAGAGCACCUUGCAAAGACUUCACAGUGAGUUGCAAUACUUCUGUUAUAAAAGCUGUAGUAAUCUGUGCUCGAGAAGAUUAGGAGGCAGCUGCAUGCCAAUAUGUCAUAUAUACCAAAAUGUAGAUAAAACAUUUUCUAUUUUGUUUGGGGGUGUAUCUUCUAGAUCCUUUUUUUUUAUGGUGUGUUCCUUUAAGUGCAUGAUAUCUGGAUGAUAACCAAUGUAUGCAUUAUUUUCCAAUGCAAUAUUUGCCUGGUUACCAACAUAUAAGCAUAUAUGUCUACUUCCAUUGUUAUUGGACUAUGUAUUCAUAAAUGUUACAUUAUACUUCCUGUGUCCAAAAUGUUUCUCUGUUAAAAGAAUAUGACUGGACAAUGUCCAGCACAAAGAAGAGAGAGUAUAGUACUCGAAAAAGAGGCAGGUAAGCUCAGCUGCAAAAGAAUUGUUUGCAGCAAAGAAGUAGGGUUUUAGGCAAUUAGAAAAUAUUUUUGAUAAAUGUAUAUUUUUUUUUAUUUACAUGCAUUAAAAACUCUGCAUUAAUACUCUAUAUUUUGUAAUCUAAUCUUUAAGUCGCAUAACAUUACCAGUGUUUUUGGUAUUCAAAAUUAAAUUCCAAAGGCUUCAUAGAGUAGCGCAAAUAGGAAGGAGUUUUAUUGUAUGUAACACGAUUAAGGCUUGAUGCCGAAACGUUGUAUAAAAUUUUGUUCUCCUGAUCGGAGUAAAACUCCUUCCUAUUUUCACUACUCUGUGAACCGGUUGAAAUUUGAUUUUGAAUACUUCUAAGGGACUGCUAAUCCCUUCCAUGGUGCUCCAAGCCGUGGUAGCAGGCUCUAUUGGGUUCCCUGAGUGCAACACUACCUUUGGAAUUGAAUAACAGAGAAUGUGUGGCUCCCUCAAUUGGCAACUGGUCAUCCAAACAUUAGCAAUGCGUAUUCGACUAGAUCCUAACAUACUGAAUUUGAAUACAAAUUAGGUUAGUCUUUGAUAACUUUUCAUUUCAUACUUGGUAACUACAGUCCCAUCUAAGACUAAAAUCUUUUGAAGCUGAAACCUAAACAUUGUGCUGACCAUUUCUUAUGACUGGAUAUAUAGUUGUAUAGUAUUAUAGAGUGAAAACAAAACCCAAUCUUAUCACUUUCUGCCUUUCACACAUAAGAAAUUGAAUCUACUGCCUGCCAUCCUUAUUGCUGCUUGAAAAGAAUCCCUUGAUAACACACACAUCAGAUUUACUGAUUUAUAUGUGCUUCACCAUGUUUACUCAUUUAAGUUCUAAUUAAAAUCUCCCUUGUAUAAGUUCCUGAGAGACAAACCUGACAUCAUAUUCUUAAAUUCGAUAAGUGGAUUAAUUAAUGAUAAAUGGAGUUAAAUGUGUAACAAAAGUACAAACCAAUAGAAUUCUCUUGGAAAAUGUCUCUGCAGAUAGACCAGUUAUGUUCAUGUUUUCUGUUGGAGAUGCCAGCAAGUUGUAGUUUCUAUGGCUCAUAUAUGGAUGUGCCAUGGAAACUACAACUCUUCUACCCAUCUUGCUAGCUGUCCAGGCAAUUUAAAGAACAUCUCAGAAAACCUAUUUGUACUGUCUAUAGUGUUGUCAUGCCCUCUGAGAUGCUUUCUUUCCUCAAGUAAAUGCAUAAAUGUUCAACCUUUUUUCCUUUAAAUCUAAAAGUUAAAUCUUGUUUCCCUUAUUAAUUAUGUAGUCUUACUCUCCACUUUCUCCCGUUAUAUAAUAUCCUCCUUUAAGGAACAACAUAGAUUUAGGAAUAAAAAAAAAAUGGAUUCCUAACACUAUAGUAUCCCACAGCAGUUAACUAUAGCCCCCCUACCCUCCGAGCCAUGAAUCAAUGCUUUCCUAUGGGGACUUAGAAGAUGCUGGAUGUCCUCAAGCAAAGCGUGAGGAUGUCCAGUGUCAUUUCACAGAGUUACACCCUGUGGAAAGCCAGGAAGAACCUCUAGUGGCUCUCUGGUAGACAACCACUUCAGGCAGUCUUAAAGGACCACUCAUGCGUGCUCGCCCAGCCGCUUGUACACUGCUGAAGCUGGACUGAGGUCUGUUAGGGAGGGAGGGGGAGACAGGCACCCUCAAGCAGAGCGUGCCUGCCACUUCCGUUAGCUCAGGGGAGCUAACGGAAGUAGGAAGGAAUCCUCCCUGGCUGUUUGUGUGACAGCCAGAGGGGAGUUCCCCCAGUUAAUUUACAGAAGUGCUGAUUUCUCAUAGAAAUCAAUACUUUUAUAAACUGUGGUUAAAUGAGGGUACUCCUCACACAUAAUGCACUUUAGCAAGCUGCUGCUGGGGUGUGCAAGCUGCUUUUGGGGUGUGGAGUGGAACUUUAACGCUGCAAUGUAAACAUUGCAGGGUUAAGGGGACAAGGGCACUGUUCGCAGACACCUUCAAUGAGAUAAAGUGGCCUCAAUGCCUUUUAGUGUCCAUUUAAAAACCAGUAUUAAAUAUUACACUGCAUUGUCAAGGUGGCAUCUAAUUGUUGAUUAGUAUUGUGGCAACAUUUUAUUUCCACACUCCUUUUUAUAAAUGACUGUACCCUGUUGGCCUUUGCAGCUGCUGAAUAGCAGAGUAUUGCCUAAACUAUUCUAUUCUACUAUUCUUGUUUAAAUAUCCCUGUUUCAAAAAAAAAUAAAAAUAAAUAUAUAUAUAUAUAUAUAUAUAUAUAUAUAUGAGAGAGAGAGAGAUUUUGUGCAUUUCUGUGCAACUGUAUUCAUUUGUUUCUCCAUACCCUAUCUAUUUUUUUUUUUUAACUCUCUUGUACCUAAAAUUCUUAAAGGGACACUAUAGUCACCUGAACAACUUUAGCUUAAUGAAGCAGUUUUGGUGUAUAGAAUAUGCCCCUGCAGCCUCACUGCUCAAUCCUCUGCCAUUUAGGAGUUAAAUCCCUUUGUUUAUGAACCCUAGUCACACCUCCCUGCAUGUGACCUGCACAGCCUUCCAUAAACACUUCCUGUAAAGAGAGCCCUAUUUAGGCUUUCUUUAUUGCAAGUUCUGUUUAAUUAAGAUUUUCUUAUCCCCUACUAUGUUAAUAGCUUGCUAGACCCUGCAAGAGCCUUCUGUAUGUGAUUAAAGUUCAAUUUAGAGAUUGAGAUACAAUUAUUUAAGGUAAAUUACAUCUGUUUGAAAGUGAAACCAGUUUUUUUUUUUCAUGCAGGCUCUGUCAGUCAUAGCCAGGGGAGGUGUGGCUAGGGCUUCAUAAACAGAAACAAAGUGAUUUAACUCCUAAAUGACAGUGAAUUGAGCAGUGAAAUUGCAGGGGAAUGAUCUAUACACUAACUGCUUUAUUUAGCUAAAGUAAUUUAGGUGACUAUAGUGUUCCUUUAACUAAAUAUGAAACUACACUACUAAAGCAAACAUAAGGUCAAGUCAACAAUGUGUAUUAAUACUAGAUCUGUAAAUAUAAAGAUGUAUGAUAGAACAAGAAAUUGGACAGUGUAAUUUAAGCGCUGUAUAAACAUAAAGGUGAUAUAUUUAAUCUCAUGACAACAAGCUAUGUAAAUUGCAUGAAUGUUUGAUGGAGUGUUGAUAUUGGCUGUGAUUCAGGAUCUGCUAAUAUGUAAAUUUCUUUGCCAAGUUAUUCCAUUAAAUCGUUUCUAUACUAGGAAACCUUAAAUGUAUUCAAUUAUGAUUCAUUCAACGAUAAAUGAUCUCCACUGAAAUUAAAACACAUUUUUUUUUUAUGUAUAUAUUUUGUUUUAAUUACAAAUCAUUUUAUCCUUUCUUUGCAUAUUAAAUGUUUAAUUUUGCUAUUUUUUUAUUUUUACAAAAUUCUGUUUUGCAGCUGUAGAAAUCCUUGCAGACAUUAUUCAGAACAGCACUUUAGGAGAGGCAGAAAUUGAACGAGAACGAGGAGUCAUCCUGCGGGAGAUGCAGGAAGUGGAAACCAAUCUCCAGGAAGUGGUCUUUGAUUACCUGCAUGCAACUGCUUAUCACAACACUGCUCUUGGAAGAACUAUAUUGGGUCCCACCGAAAACAUCAAGUAGGUUGACUAAAAGUUUAUAGCACUGUUUUUUUUUUAUUUUCCUCCUUUUACUAUGACCUGUGAUUUUUAUUUUUCCAAUGUUCCCUGCAGAUCCAUAAACCGUAAUGACUUGGUUGAAUACAUCACAACGCAUUACAAAGGGCCCCGCAUAGUCUUGGCAGCGGCAGGUGGUGAGUUUGAUUGCUCUGGUCCAUAUGGCAUUGUGUAACCCUUCAGAAAAAGUAACUGUGCUUGAAAUGUCAAAAAAAAAAAAAAAGUGCAUUGCAUAUAUCUUUUGUUUAGAUUAUUGAAUAUAAUUAAAUAAAAUCCUCCCAUCGUACUAAGGAGUUAAUUUGUUAAAGACAUUAUGAUUUGGGCAUUAGCUACUUAUUAUUAUACUUUAAUUUGCCAGAUUGUGACUCGUUUUAUUCAUUUUAUCAAACAACCAAAACGGAAACCAUGAAUUGGUUCCCACUGAUGACUGUUAAACAAUACAAUAUAUGCCUAGUUAGCUGUCUCAGGACCAACUUGCUAUAACAUGCUCUUAGAGAUGGGCUAAACUGGUCAUCACUUGCAUUAUUGCUAUCCAAAUUUAGACAGGUUUGUACUGACAGUACGGAAUUGAAAAUGUAAUCUUUAUUGUGGCAGCAAUGGUAUGCCGGACUGCAACAAAGACUCGUUGCAUCAAAAUCACUACAGUAAGUGGUUAUUCUGUUUAGAGUGUCCCUUUUAACCCCUUAAGGACCAGGGGUUAAAGAACAAUUAAUAAAUGUGGUCGGUAGUUUAUAGUAGUCCGUACAGUCUGUCCUUUCCAUGAAGCACAACCUUUUUCCGCUGAAUAAAUGAACUGCCUGGAUAGGAAUUGUGUGUGCUUUAAUUUAUGAAUUGUUCGUAAAACAAUUUUGUGUUGUGUUUUUAGGUGUGUCACACAGUGAACUGCUUCAUUUAGCAAAGUACCACUUUGGUAACUUGCCUUCUACAUACAAAGGAGAGAUCCUCCCCCCAUGCUCUUUCACAGGUAGCGAGGUAAGAACAGCAUACAUGUUUUCUUUUUUUUCUUUUAAAAGAAGAGGAGGAUCAGGAGUAUGGAGAAAAAAUUGUCACCAUGAAAGUACUAGAAAUGAAUGUGAUUUGCAGCAUGCGAUAUUUCUGACAUAAUCAUGUUUGUAUGUCUUAUGCUGUGAAGUAGAAAUACGCUAUGAUUUAUAGAACUCCUUAAAUGUAGUGCAAUGUGUGGUUCAAGCUGGUCUGUUUCCUUCUAGAUCCGUGUUCGGGAUGAUAAAAUGCCAUUGGCACACAUUGCCAUUUCUGUGGAAGCAGUUGGCUGGUCUCAUCCAGACACUUUACCUCUUAUGGUGGCCAAUACACUCAUUGGAAACUGGGAUCGGUCCUUCGGUGGUGGCGUGGUAUGGGAAUAUUCAUGUGUCAGCAGAGUUUUUAGAUAACUAGGUUUACCUUGUGCUUUUAUGUCUAAAAUUUAUAUCUCGUAACUAAAAUACAUAUAGUUUAACCAUUAAAAAAAAAAAAUGUAUUCGUUUUUUUUUUUCCAUGGUUGCUUAAUUUCUUUUAAGCAACUUUUGGUACUUUUGUGACUCAAACCUACUAAAUUCUAAUAUUUAAUUUUGGAUAAUUAUGUCGUUGUAGAAUCUUUCGCCAUUUAAAAAUAAAAUAAAAAUAGUAAAACAUUUUUAACAUUAACAAAGUAGUUUACUAUGCUAAAAAAGCAAAAUGGAAACCACGGUCAAAACUUUAAAAUAAUGGUUUUAUAUAUAUAAUACUCUCUCUCCCCCCUACCUUCCCCUAAGUAAAGUAUAGCCUGAACUUUAGUAAAAUAUUGUAUUUAGGUCAAAUAGCAAUUAGAUCAAUAUAACCUAUUUUCUUCUUUUAAUUGUUAUAAUUGUAUUUUUAUUUUCUAUCAAUGCCAUCCAUUAGUAAUACUUUGGUAUUUGGUUUUAAAGAAAAUAACCUAUAUUUAUAACCUGGGUAAAGUCAUGCGCAUGUAUAGAUUUCUUAUGGAUAUUGUUCUUUAUUAUCCAGAAUUUAUCCAGCAAGUUGGCCCAGGUCAGCUGCCAUGGCAACUUGUGUCACAGCUUCCAGUCAUUCAACACCUGUUAUACAGACACUGGGCUUUGGGGAUUGUACAUGGUGUGUGAGCCCAACACCGUGGCAGAUAUGAUGCAUUUUGUUCAGAGAGAAUGGUAAGCUAUAUUUGCUAUGGCCUGAUUCAGCAGCGGUUUUAUACAGUAUGCUUAUGUAGGUUCAUGCUAAAUAACCUUGACUUAAGAGUAUUUGUAAAUUUGGGAGAAUUCUUUGUUUUCUUGUAUACACACACUAUUUUAACUGGUGUAUAAGAUGGCAAAACCACAAAAGACAAAUAUUCUUUUCCAUUUUAUAAUUUUUUAAAAUACGAAUAUCAAAGAGCUGCUAUAUUUUAUUUAUUUCUAUAUUCUCACCUCCUAUAGUUUUAAUAUAAUAUUCCUGCAUAUGUUUAGUAGAGAGACUAAGUGAUUUGGGAAAUGAGUUUAUCCCCACAAUAAACCCUUCUUAUGGAGUGUUUGUUUUUCUGAGCGCUACUCUUACAUGUAUAAAGAUUAGAUAUGCAAAAAGAAAACAUUAUAGUGUGAUAUCCUUUUUUUAAGCUCCUGCAAAAUUGUAAAUAAAUACUUACCCAUUGUAUUCUUGAGGGCCUUAAAGGGACACUGCAGAUCCGUAAAGCAGUGUCAGAUUACAGAUUUUAAUAGAAGUUGUCAAUUUUACAAAUUAACCUGUCUACACCUCCUAGCUGUUAAUCACCAAUCCUGGUUGUACCAGGGUGGUUUGGCUCUGCCCCUUCCUACCUCCUUGGCUGAGGUCAACCAAGGAGGCGGGUCAGAGCCAGCGCUGGAUACAAGGUGGGUGAGUUUUCUAGAUAUAUUAAGGGGGGAGGGGAUGUUGGGAUGUUAACACUAUAGGGUCGGGAAUAUGUUUGUGUUCCUGACCCUAUAGUGCACCUUUCAAUGCAUGCAUGUUUUCAUUGAGGGUUUAUCUACUAAAUAGUAAGUUUGAACAGUAGUGUGUUCCUUUAAAUGAAAUUAAACCAUGCAAGAUCACUUGUGUGAAUUUUCUUCCGAGUCCCUUCUUUAUAGUUUCCUACAACCUGACUUUAUUGUUUAGCAUUCUUUACUUUCUUAGAUAUUGAGUUAUUCGCAUGCAGAGGGGGUGGCCGAUGACUGUAUAGUAAAAUCUGCAUCUUUAAAUGUUUUGAAUUGUCAGGAUAAGACUCUGUACAAGUGUUACUGAGAAUGAAGUUGCACGAGCCAAGAAUCUGCUCAAGACAAACAUGUUGCUCCAGCUGGAUGGUAAGCUUUAAUAAUGUGUUACUAAAUUACUUAUAUACAUAUUUAACCUUUGCUAAAUAAUGCUUUAAUGUUACAGGAUCCACACCAAUUUGUGAGGAUAUUGGGAGGCAGAUGUUGUGUUAUAAUCGUAGAAUUCCCCUGCCUGAACUGGAAGCAAGAAUCGAUGUGAGUGUUCCUUGCCUCAUGUUUAUUAAAUUUAUAUUUAAUAUCCAUUAGUGCAUUUUACAAAGUUGCCCACAGGAUGAACUUUAUUCCGAUCUAUAAUUUUUGCUUCCAAUGCGUGCUGUACCAUCUGUUUUGAAAUAUUAAUAUACUGCAAGAGAACAAUUCUAAACAUAUCUUGCUUGUCAAAAGCAUUACUUCAAAUGGGCAGUCAGGAUUUUAUGCAUUCCUGCGUUUUUCUAAUGAACAAAUUAUAUUCAAUUACAUAUGUCAUCGUGCUGUGUCCAAUACUCAAUGUAGUACUGUUACUAGUGGGGUUUUUGCAUUUUUUUUUUGUAAUAUUCAUACAUACCUAAGGCUCUCCCCUCCUUAGUGCUGUUUCAGUCUACCAGAAAAGCCACAUCUUUUAUAUAGAAAUGCACAGGACAAAAAUAAGUGUCUACUGGAAAAAUAGAACACUGUAAGACAGCACAAGCUUGUUUGAAUUUUAGCUUUUGCCUUGUAAAUGAAUGGACGUCUUACAUGUAUAUGUCCUGUUUGUCAAAAAAUUCCAAUGUAGUCAGAGUUACAAAAAUACCUUGAAAAACUCAAUUGACAAUGCUGGGUUCAUAUUUUUAGGUUUGAAUGCCAAAUUGCUUACGUGAUAUGUUUAUUUCCCUAGCUCAUUGAUGCCCAGACAAUAAGAGAUGUCUGUACCAAGUACAUUUAUGAUAAGUGCCCUGCGAUUGCAGCUGUUGGUAAGUUUUCUGACCUUGCAUAUAUGUAUUGAUUGAUAUGGGCUGGUGGAAUAAGUUCUGUUAAUAACUUAAAUGUUCUAGAUUUAGAUUAGUUUCUGCUUUUACAAAACCAUGAGGCCAAGACCUUUGGUCUCUCAGGUAUUUUUUGUGGCUACUCCAAUUCUAACUAUACUUGUGAGGCACACCAUGCUGUAAUGUAUUUAAUAGAUAUGCUACAGGAAGGAGAUAAAUCAGGGCAGUGUGUUUGGAAUUCCUCCAUACUACAGGAAGCCAUGACAAACAUAAAAACCUCAUCUCCCGGACACACAUUCUAAUUCUCAGAAAUCGAGUAACAAACAUCACUGAAAUAGUUUUUGUUCCAAUGUUUCAUGGAAUAUCUUCAUUAUAACUUAUUGCUCUUCAUUAUUUGAAAGCACACAUCGCUAUAUUUUUCACUGCUGCAUCAGUGAGAAAUGUAUCCUGUAUUUUUUUUUUAAUUAAGCUAGCUCCAGGUUCCUAGCACUUUGGGUGUAUGUCUUUAGCAAUGUACCUUGCUAUACUACAAGCUUUUGUAAUGUUGCCUUUCUAUUUUGUUCCAGGUCCUAUUGGACAGCUCCCUGAUUAUGACAGAAUACGAAGUGGGAUGUACUGGCUGAGGCGAUAA